AUGCCCUUCAAACCUCUCUCAACGAGAAAAACCGAUGUCCUGCGAACAUCGCUCAACGAAAAAACCGAUGCCCUUCAAACCUCUCUCAGCGAGAAAACCGAUGCCCUGCGAACCUCUCUCAACGAGAAAACCGAUGCCCUUCAAACCUCUCUCAACGAGAAAACCGAUGCCCUUCAGACCAACCUCAGCGAGAAAACCGAUGCCCUGCAAACCUCUUUGAACGAACUUUCCAAAACCGUUGCGGAUAUGCAACUCCAGAUGCAGCGCAACCACUACCAACUGAUGAUGGCCAUACUCUCCCACAGUCACCGUUCAGACGGACGACCAACGUUCGACCUUCCACCCGAUUUCGAGCCGACGCCCGGCGACACCGUUGAAUAA